AUGGAUGCAGUGGUUAGAUGGAAUGAUGGGACUGAAAAUAUAGUUUUAUUAAGUCAAAUACAAUGUGUAAAUGAGUCGGAAAUGAUGAAAAUUGGCUCGCAAAUAAAAAUGCGAUGGAAACCUCAGAAGAAAUGGUAUUAUGGAACAAUAUUAGAAAUGGAAAAUACAGUUUCAUCUAGUAAUGAUAGUGAACUCGAUAUUCCUUUGAAAAAGUUGCGUAAAAAAAUGUCACCAAGCGAUAACAACGAGAGCUUUGAUAGCGACGAACCUCUGCAGACUGUCAAGGACAAAAUCUUACAUCAAAGAAAUAGUUGUUUGAAUGUAGUAACUGACUGCGUGGAAGAAAAUAAAGAAAAAAGUACAUCGACUUGUGCCGUUAUGGUUUCUGACAAAAAUCAAGAGCUAAGUAACUCUGAGCCUCUAUACCAAGAUGAUUCGAAUAGAGAUCGCCCCUCCGUACAACACUGUGAAGUUCCUAGGUGUGAAGACGAGGUAUGGGCUGCUUGCCCAAAUUGCUUACGUUUAUUGUGCUGGACGCACUUUAUCGAAGAUGGUACUUGUGACAAAAUGCAUUCGCUUUUGCCAGCUGUCGCGAAACAAAGUAUUGUCGAAACUAGAAUACCAGAACAAUUCGUCGUUGAAGGAAACAGUAGAGAAAACGAUUCCGAUUUAUUUGUAAAAAAGCGUGAAAACAUGAAACGGAAGGCCUCUCAACUUAGAAAUAGGGGAGAAGCUUACAUUUCUUACAAAACUAAAAAAGAGGUACCUGCUAGAAGAGUUGAUAGAUCCAGAUGUGAUAGCAGCACAUGCAGAAAAAUUGGAAAAAAAUGCGACCAAAUAACGGACGAAGAAAGACAACAAAUUCUCAACGAUUUCUACACUACAGGGGAUUUACAGCUUCAGAGAGAAUUUAUUACGCGCCAUGUGAACAGGGAACAGACGAAACAAAAAACUACAAGUAGUGACCAUGAUUCCCGACGUUCAAAAAGUAAUUAUUACUUUUUACCAAAAGGUAAUACACGAGUUCCUGUGUGCAAAACAAUGUUCUUGUACACUCUGAGCAUUAGUGAGAAAUUUCUACGCACUUCCUUAGGCAAAUUAAAAAAUACUGGAAUUGUUGAACCCGAAAAACGCGGAGGGCGUAAUACUCAAUUAAAACAAAAAGAUCGACACAUUAGAGAACUUAUAGUAGAGCAUAUCAAAAGAUUUCCACGAAUGGAAUCGCAUUAUUGCAGAAAAAAAACGACUCGUGAGUAUUUGCACUCGGAUUUGACAGUAAAAAAAAUAUACAGCAUGUUUAUUGAUGAAAAAAUCGAGCAAGUUAGCUAUGCACUGUAUCUUGAUGUUUUCAAAGGACUUCGUUUAUCUUUCCAUAAUCCUAAGAAGGAUCAGUGCGGGUUAUGUUUCACUUAUAGACAAGGUGAUCUUGACAAAAAACUGGAACUGGAGGAAACCUACCAGCAGCAUAUACUCGAGAAAGAAAAAGUUCGUUAUAAGAAACAACAAAAGAAAAGCGAUCCUAAUCCUUUAGAAAUUUGCACUGUAUUCGAUCUGCAGCAAGUCAUUUUUUUGCCAAUCACCAUCGAGAACAGCUGUAGCGGCCAAAAUAAAAAUUCUAUUGUAAUAUCUAUGUUCUUACAUGUGGUAAGUUUAUCAAAACAUAUAAGAAUAAUUUCUAUUUCCUUUUUCGAACCAUAUCACGGUCAAAAUGAAGGUGAUUCUGCACACAGCGCCAUCGAUAACGCUGUUAAAAGAUCAGGUGAUUUAUUUUUACCAUCCCAGUUGGCACCAAUUUUAAAACUCGCUAGAAGGAAUAAUCCGUACAUCGUCCACUUACUAACAUCCGAUGAUUUCAUAAAUUUCAAAAAACUUUCCCAAGAUCUCAAAAUCGUUUCGGCAAGAAAAGACGACGCAGGAAAUUCUGUUGACUGGAAAAAUGUACGUGAAGUAAUGGUAACAAAAGACCGUACUGGAAAUAUUUAUUUCAAAAAUAGCCACUUGCAGGAAGAUUAUAGGUAUAUUAGCUUAAACCGAACAGCUCUUAGCCCUUGUUCUUUACCACCUCGCUUGAAUCAUCCCAAUGGUCCAAAAAUAUCUGCUGAAAAAUAUAAAGAUUUGAUGGACUUAUGUAGAGAUGACUGUAAAAAUAAGAGGAAGUUGAUUCGCUCAGCCUACAUCCGUAGUAUCAACAAUAAAGCAAAGAGUGGUUCUGGUGCUGGAUCAAAAAAGGAGUACUACUUGGCACAGUAUUUAAAGUUUCUAAAUCCUUUCACGAAAAACCUACGUCAAGAGAGCAACAUAACUUCUCAAUGCCAAAAUCAAGAUACGAUUGACCAUGGAACAUUACAAACUGAAUAUUCAGAGGAAUCUCAACAAGAGGCCCACGAAACAGAUGCAGAAGAAGAUCACUCAAGAGAGGGAAUUCCAUCACCCCCGGUUCAUUCAAAUUUCGAUACAAAUGUAUCUAGCCUUAGUUGCUCAGAAACUCCCCACUGCUUAUCAUCAAAAACAAGCCGUAAAAAAACGAUUGACGAUGCAGAUAAAUGCGCUAUUGAUUAUUUUGAUAUUAAAAAAAAAAUAGAAGAUAAACUACAGAAAGAGUCCAAGAAAAGUUCGUGCGAGCUAUUUUUGUUAAGUUUGAUUCCUCAUAUGGAAUCAAUGACCGACCAACAACAAUUAUCGUUCCAAAGGAAGGCACUGCAGUUGCUGCAAGACGUUAAAAGUGACACAGCCUCAGCAGAUAUACUUAUCUCGCCUAUCCACUAG